GUUAUCGCUGAAACGAUUUUUAGUUAAAAUUAUGGAACAAAGGAGCUGAUAGAGAGUUUAGAGAGUUGCUUAGUAUCUGGCAACCCUGAUGAAGACGCAGUAGCAGCUCUGUGUUGUCUGGCAUUCAUGAGCAUGCCAACGAAAAAAACCCCGGACUUGCCCAGCAGCUGAAGGAGCAUAUGAGGGUUUACAAACAGAGCCUUAUAUGCACGAAUAUGUCACGUAUCUUGAUGGCAUUCUGCAAAGGAAGAAACGCGGUUAUGAAGAACGAUACUGGUUUGAUUUUAUGCUUUUUUUUGGUGCCGCGUUGAAGUGAAACUACGGGCCUGAGGAAAACUUUCCAUCCUACAGCGCGGACACGUUAUUAUUGAACAUGGCUUUGACGUCUGGCUUCGUCAUGUUUUUUCUUCACUCAAAAAAAAGUCUAACGGGCUUAAAUUCGAGCGAGGCUCGUUAACCGAGAAGAGCAGAGGGCGGAAAGACAACGCUGUUGCAUUAGUUAGGAGCGUAAAAAUAAGUUUGUCGGUGUGUUUGGGUCGGUGUCGUGUAGGCUAACGCGCUUCAGUUUACCUCAGUAUUUUUGUCGCGUGCCAGAUGUGCGCGAGACCGCGAUUAGCCUACAUGCUAAACCAACUGUCGUUUUUUUCUCUUUAAACCGUCGUCUGACUUAUUAUUAUUAUUUUUUUAAUAACACGUCGGUUUUGUUGAAUUUUUUAUUUUCUUUGUCUUCCAGUCCAGUUUAAGAGAGGGUCUUGAGGAUUAUUAUUAUUAUUAUUAUUUUUUUAUUUAUUUAUUUGUUUUUGGGUUUUUUUUAGAAAGCGGGAAUAUUAACGGCUGAUACACGGAGUGUGAGUUCAGGAAAGGACGCGGCUCCUGGGUGGGAAACAAGGCCCCUCUGCCUUCAACCCCAACAGCUAUGGCUAAAACAGUCUCAGCCUUGGAUACCAGAGAAACAGGCAGUCAGAAAUGCCUCCAUGUUCAGCUUGUGCUCGGCAUUUUACUGCGCUGUUCUGUUUAAAACCCCCCCGUCACCACGGAGACGUGAUACGUGAUCAGCAAUGCAACAAAUUACAACCUAUUUUAUAUCCAAACUGGGAUAAACGUUAAAUAUGAGAAAGGACAUGAAUUUUACGGCGUUUCACACGGAAAGUGGAACGUGAAAUUCCGAUAUACGUUGACCGGAAUACACUGACAACCGGAUUAAAUAAGAAAGGACACGUAUGGACAUUUUGAUCGUAUGGAUUUAACACACGGACGAUGUGUUUUGAUGCGAAGGCCAGAGUGGAUUCACGGCGCUCGAGCUUUGCGGAGGAAAAGUGCACGCGAAGUGUCUCAGCGCCACCGAGCCUGAUGGGAUCCGAGUGCUGACGUCAUCCACGCUUGGAUAAUGGACUGCUCAAGAGUCUGAGACGGUCCAUCACACACACACACACACACACACGAGACAGAGAGAGAACGAGCACGAGCACGGAAAGACGUCUGUGCUCUCUGGCUGAAUUUGCUCAGAUAAUUUUGGAUCUGUUUUCCUUUUCAUCGUCAUUAGAGCCCCUUUCCCACCCACCUUCUCUUUCGUUUUUUCUUUUUUUUUUGGAUUAUGUGACAGCAUUGUCAGCGAGCACUUGUUGUCAUGGCAUCCCCACAACAGCAGCAUCAGCAGCAGCGGUCAGUGAAAAAUACAGAGGUUAGUUGUGACAGCGGAGGAGGAGGUGUGAAUGUCCACAUUAGCAACGCUCACUUGCAGAAGCGGGUUUCCGUGGAACAAGAGCCUUCGAGCUGGGGCGAAAGCAUUAGCGAGCAGGGCCCGACAGGAAGUGCCAAGCCCUCCAAAUACAGCAUCUCGUCCAGCUGCAGCUCGGGUGAGUCUGGGAUACGCAGGACGGUGAUGAGCAGCCUGCGUGGCCAACGGACGGUUCCGCAGCUCUUUGAGAGGUCAGCGGCGCAGUGCUGGGACCCCAAGUUUGACUCCGCAACACUAGAGGAGGCUUGCAGGGAGCGGUGCUUCCCACAAACGCAGCGACGCUUCCGAUAUGUGCUUUUUUACUUGGCCAUAGUUGCACUGCUCUGGGGCUUGUACUUUGGAGUCAACGGUUCCAGAUGCGAGGCUGCUAGCUUCUUGCUUCCAACAGCAACCUUCUUCAUCCUGUGUCUCCUCCUCUUCCUGUUCACCUUCUCACGGCCCUACACGUGGCUCUAUAACCAGGCCUCCCUGCUUCUCAUUGUCAUCACCAUUUGUAUCACUCUGGCACCGCAAAUGCAGGCUUCUGGUUUCGCUCACUUUGAGUGGCAGAGAGGAGACAAUCGGACGCUACCUGAGCAUUCUCGGGUAGCUCCAUGUAUCUCUCCUGUAGGGACAUUUUCUCUGUGCAUGGAAGUGCUGCUGUUGCUCUACAGCAUGCUCCAUCUGCGCCUUUAUGCCUCAGUGCUACUAGGGCUCCUGUACUCUGUACUCUUUGAGAUGCUUGGGUGGCUACACCUGGCCCAGGUGGAUAGUCAAGACAUGGGAAAGUGGUCUGACGGUGAAGCUCAGAGGUCGAGCAGAGAGGCGUCAUUGCUGUGGUUAGCACCUGGAAAAGUACUUCUUCACCUGUGUGCUCAUGCAAUUGGCAUACAUCUAUUCAUCAUGUCAGAGGUGCGUUCACGGAGCACCUUCCUGAAAGUGGGACAGGCUAUCAUGCAUGGGAAGGAGCUGGAGGUGGAGAAGGCACUGAAGGAGCGCAUGAUCCACUCUGUCAUGCCAAGCCGGGUGGCCGAUGAGCUGCUGAAGCAGGGUGAUGAGGAAAGCGAGAGCUCCGGCAAACGAUACAGUGCCGGGACUUGCUCGGCCUCGGUGUCUGGUGCCGGUGCCUCGUCCUCCAGCCCCAAGAGUAACAAGCGCAAGAAGACUUCAAUCCCGCGUGGCCAGAUCAUCUUCCGGCCCUUCAACAUGAAGCGUAUGGAGCCUGUUAGUAUCCUUUUCGCUGACAUUGUGGGCUUCACGAAGAUGAGUGCAAACAAAUCUGCGCCUGCCCUGGUGGGUUUGCUGAACGAUCUGUUUGGUCGUUUUGACCGGCUUUGUGAGCUGACUUGCUGCGAGAAGAUCAGCACGCUGGGAGACUGCUAUUACUGUGUGGCAGGAUGCCCUGAGCCACGCGAGGACCAUGCCUACUGCUGUGUGGAGAUGGGACUCGGUAUGAUCCAGGCCAUUGAACAAUUUUGCCAGGAGACGACAGAGACGGUGGACAUGCGUGUAGGGGUGCACACGGGCACCGUUCUCUGUGGCAUCCUGGGAAUGAAGCGCUUUAAAUUUGAUGUCUGGUCCAAUGAUGUUAACCUGGCUAACCUCAUGGAGCAGCUUGGUGUGGCUGGAAAGGUUCACCUGUCCGAGGUUACGGCAAGGUUUCUCGACGACCGCUACGAGAGAGAGGAUGGCAGAGUGACGGAACGUGCCGGACAGAGCGUCACCGAUCAAAUGAAAGGCUUAAAGACAUAUCUAAUCUCUGGGAAGAAGAUGGGUUCACAAUGCGGCUGUUCUCAGAACAGUCUGGGACGAGACUACACUGAAACUCCAAGACCCUCCCCCCACACACACACUUCUGAACUCUCACACACUGCUAUGGCUGACCACAGCAAGACUCCCUUCGUGUCAUGUACCGUAGUAGUGGAGAGUGCUGGGAAUUUACUGACUGAUGAGACAACUCAAAAUGGCUGCCAGGAUGAAUACAAAGCCAACAGCAGCAAGUUCCCAAAAGCAGUGAACGGACUUCUCAGCCCGCUGUGCGAGGAGGCUGUCCGAGCGAGCCAGGCAUCCCUUUGUGAGAUGCUCCAGAAAGAGAGGAGUCUUGGGACGGGGUCAACAGGAGGAGCUGGGACCGGAGGGGGUGGAGCCAUGGACCACUCAGCUUUAAUUCCGCUCCGCAGCAAAGGGUUCAGAGAGAAGAGCGACGUGCACUUUGUGGAAGUCAUUAAGGAGGACAGCUUGAUGAAGGAUUAUUUCUUUAAGCCGCCAAUCAACAAACUGAGUCUGAACUUCCUAGAGAAAUCCUUGGAGUCUGCCUAUCGUAAAAACUACCAGCAGGAGGUGAUAAGCCACACCCCUGUACAGACGUUUGCCAGUCCAGUGUUUAGCUCUCUGCUGGACGUGUUACUGUCAUGUGCUGUCUUCUUCGCCCUCACUCUCGCCUGCUUCCUGUACUCGAUGGUUACCAUGGAGAUGCCUCUUGCCACCACGAUUGGCCUGGCGGUGACCGCUGCUGUGCUCGAGCUUGGUUCUCUCAUUUUGUCCAUUCGUAUGACCUUUUACCUGGACAAUGUUUUAAGCUGUACUCAGUCACUUCUGAAGCUUGUGUCAGGCUGGGUGCCCCGUCAUGUGGUCGGUGCUGUACUGGUGUCACUUCCUGCCAUCUCAGUUUUCUCACACUUGGCCUGUAGCCUCCACCUGCCCAUUCAGGUAACGAUGUUCCUGUGCAGUGCCAUCAUCAUUUCCAUUAUCCAAUACUGCAAUUUCUGCCAGCUGAGUUUCUGGAUGCGCUCGGUUCUGGCCACUGCCACUGGAGUGUCUCUGCUAGCUGUACUCUACAGUGCUCUCAACAGGCCAAUCACCAGCAUUGGCUUUCCAGUUACAGGGAACUUGAGUAACAACAGUUUUGACACGAGUUGGACAAGUAAAUUGAAUCCUACAGCUCUAGAACUCUUGGUUCCAGAGGCGCUCUUGUCGUUCUUCCUCCUGCUUCUCCUUGUGUGGUUCCUCAAUCGUGAGUUUGAAGUCAGUUACCGCCUGCACUACCAUGGCAACGUUGAGGCUGACAAGCACCGCAUAAAGAUCCAGAACAUGCGCGACCAGGCCGACUGGCUGCUGCGCAACAUCAUCCCCAUCCACGUGGCCGAACAGCUGAAAGUAACACAGAGCUACUCCAAGGACCACGAUAACGUUGGUGUGAUCUUUGCAAGCAUUGUGAAUUUCAGUGAGUUCUAUGAGGAGAGCUUUGAGGGUGGUAAAGAGUGUUACCGUGUGCUGAACGAGCUCAUCGGUGACUUUGAUGAGUUGCUGCGUAAACAGGCAUUCUCCAGCGUGGAGAAGAUCAAGACCAUCGGUGCGACCUACAUGGCAGCGUCCGGGCUUAAUGGACGGCAGUGUCGCAAUCAGAUGCAUCCACACGCUCACCUACGUGCCCUUUUUGAAUUUGCGCUGGAGAUGAUGCGCGUAGUGGAUGACUUCAACAAAAACAUGCUCGGCUUCCAGUUCAAGCUGCGCAUUGGCUUUAAUCAUGGAGCGUUGACUGCCGGCGUCAUUGGCACCACCAAGCUGCUAUACGACAUUUGGGGCGACACAGUGAACAUUGCCAGCCGAAUGGACAGUACUGGUGUUGAGUGCCGAAUUCAGGUGAGUGAAGAGAGCCAUGCCGUGCUUAGUGCAAUGGAGUACACCUUUGAUUACCGUGGCACAGUUAAUGUCAAAGGGAAGGGGCAGAUGAGGACCUAUCUGUACCCCAAACUUAACGAGAGCGGGCCCAAACAAUCCUCAGAGCCCAUGAGCAAGGAAGAGAAUACCAACAAAUUGCCCAACAAGGCACUCAUCAUUGCACCCAAUUCAACACCCACAUCAUCAUCUGUGGCCAAUCACAGUUGUUCCUCUUCUUUCCUUGGUGCCUGUCAUAACAGCUGCGGGGUGUCACAGGGACCUAGUGUAGGCCCGUCUAAAUUGUCUGAAGAAUGGCACAAAGACACUUUCAGAGACCAUUUGCUCACAGGCAAGUCUUCGGAGAGUUCUCCUCCUGCACCAACAUUUGGUGGCACACAGCCACCAUCAAUAGCACAUAUUAGCACUCCGCUAGCCAGACGAGAUACACCUUUACAAGUUGAGGAAGAGGUGGAGGAAGAAGAAGAGGCAAAUGAAUGCUCAAGGCUCCGAGUGGGAGAGAGGCUUUAAUCUGCCCCUGACGCUGCUGAUCUUCACUGUCUAUCUGCCUCAUUUCUUUGUUUUUUGGGGCAUGAGGGUAUAUAUUUCACUGAGGUUCACCUCCUGAGGUGCCUUAAUAAUCAACAUUAGAUGUAAGAGACCAAGCUGUAUGAGCUUCUGCUUAAAGAACUCUAUAACAUAAAGGUUAUAGUGAGGAAGGUUUUUAUAGGGGGCGAUUCUGUGUGGAUCACAGUCUGGCACAAAAUGAAAGACAAGAAAAAGUUUAGCGGCGGGUUUUUACGUUUCAGAGGUUCUUAUUCUUUCAGUGGCGUGCUUUUUUUUGUUUGUUAAAGUGCCUUUGGUAAAGAUAAAUACGCGCACAUGAUCAGAUGCCGUGAACAAAUAAGAGAUGAUGGAACAAUGCUAGCAUGCCGUUUUUAAAGACUUUAAAUGACAACGGACAAUUCUGUGGUUUUUCGAUUUAUUUUCCUAAUACAGUUUUGUUAAUAUAUUUCAGUUAUUUUUUUGCUGUUUCUUAAUUUCAGAAUAUUGACAUGUGAGCUUAAGGAUAAAAAAGUGCCAGUGGCCAGAAAAUAAGCAAAAGUGUUGAAUCAUAGAUCAGGGGAAUUUUAUUAGGUUAGAUCGUUGCUCUUUCUUUUACAAAAGGUUGUAUGGAGUGUAAAAUUUCAAACUCUUAUUUUUUUGUUGCUAGGAGCAAGUCAGCACAGCUGUUGAACCAAGAUUUGCAGAAUGCACAUGAAACAAAUUUUAGGUGUUGAGGUUACUGUCUUCUGUCUAAUAAUAAUCAUAGGGAUGCUGAUGGAUAGAGUUUGUGGGUUACAGCUCUGUUCAUAGGGCCUGUGCUAGUGUUGAGAUAAUAGUAAGGGAAUAUAAGUAUCGCACAAUGCAACAGUACCUGAAAUGCAGCCAAACGUUUUCUAAAUGGUAUAUGCUGAUGAAAAUUUAAAUAUUCCUAUCACACUUUGCAAUAAUAUUACCAUACUGUUUUUCAGUUCACUACAAAAAAACAGGAGCACCAGUUCCAUUUUUUUUAAACGUUAAAAAUCAAAUUUUGUCACGUAUACCGAUCACAGAAUAUACAUUAAUUAAGCAGCUGAGCAUAUUAAGCUGAGUAAAUCCGGAGCGGUCCAGCUGUUUCACAUUGAUAUGAAGAGAUUUCAAUUAAAAUAUUCCAAUUAAAAUUGGUCAAGUUUUCAAAAGAUGUUAGGAAAAUCACUGGGCCUCAUUUGUCAUUUUUUUUGUGUAAACUUGUUUGUAAAUAUUUUUGUAGGCCAAACCGAACAAAAUGAACAUUAAAAAGCCGAAUAAAAAGGGUGAAAGUAUGCAUCUUAAAUAUGGCGGUGCACUGACUGCCGUAGACACACACUAACCCCUCCUUAUAUAUAUAUAUAUAUAUAUAUAUAUAUGGUGGCAUUACUUUUGCCCUAAUUGCGUACAUUUUUGUUGGGUGCAAAAAAUUUUCGAACAUUGUAUGAUCCUGCAAAUGAUUUACAAAUUAAUUUGCUUGUUUUCAGUUUUAUAAGUGAGGGAGUUAUCGUUGAUUUAUUGGUGCGAUUUUUU